GAUUGCAGCCGGCGGCGCAUGAUGAUCAAGGUGAACCCUAACCCAGUGACCAAGAUGUGGUUGUAGCCUGUUGCCUCGUUCUCGGGCAUUCAGUUGGCACUUGCACGGCGGUUCUCUUAUCCGUGUGCAUCUUCUCUGCCGUCGCUUCCGCCACCCCUUCUCGCGCGCUCUACGACGGCUAUGAAGGCCUUUCUUUCCCGACUUCACAUUGGCUCCACCAAGGAGAAAGAGCGAGACGUCUCCCCGGCACUACAGAAGGAAAAGUUCCCCCCGCUGCGUACAUGGCCGCCAGCACCGAUGGCACGUUCCAACUCGACACCAUCUUCGACCGCCGCUUCGAUCACGAAACCACUCCCUGAGCCCGUAGUCCAGGACGAUCCCUCUUCAUCUUCUGAUACCACGACGCCCACACCGGUCUACUCUUCUCCGACUCCGACGCCACGAGAUGAAGACACCAUCUCUCCACUCCCGGAACGCUCUGAAUCCCCACGUGCUGAACCAGACUCGGCUGGACGCAGCUCCCGAAAGACAAAUGGAAGUGUUGUUACGGCCACGGGAAGCGACAUUCAGAAAAAGGUCGCAUUCAAGUCGCCACCUCCAACGCCAUCUAAUCUCGAUCGCACCUUGCCUGAAGCCCCACCUGGUGCUCCUUCAUCCUCCGUGCCACUCAAAAAUUCUGUGUCACGUUUCCAGGCGACUCACGGGAAGGAACCUCGUGGCUCUACUUCAUCCGGCGCGUCUUCAUCCAAGGUUGACCUUGUAUCCUCAGCAGGCAAGACUACUGCCAAGUCGAACUCGACGCGUGCUACCUCGCCGUACCUACAGAAAAGCCUGGAGAUCGGUUCCAGUCAAUCGUUGCGCUCGGGAACGCCUUACUCUUCCAUGUCCAACACCACCAGCGGCAGUCGUAUUCUCUCGGCUACAUCAUGGAGCGAGGUCACAGAGGAUGACCUGGUAUCGAACAUUGGGUCUCGGGAACGGACCAGACAAGAAGUUCUAUUCGAAAUCAUAUCCAGUGAGGAGAGAUACGUCCAAGAACUGGCGAAAAUGAAGGACACAUUCAUUGAUCCUCUGCUCCAUCCUUUCUCCGCACCGACCGCACAGCUUUCUUCCACGCCCAACCUUGACUACGAUUUCUAUCGAGCAGAAUCGCCGGCAGAAUCCAAUGAUCACCUUCCCCCCAUCGCUGCACGGUUUAUGUCUCCCAGUCCGCAUCCAGGGAGCACCCAUUCGCACAAGGACACUCCCAACAUCGACGGCGAGUCGCAGGACACGGACGACGAAGAUGAAGGCACGGACCAUGUUGGCAAGGGGUACUCUUCUAGUCGCCAGGGGCAGCUUGCGAAGCAGAACCACCCACGGUCGCCAUACCGCUCAAAUGGAGUCAAGACGGGUGGCAAGUCGGUUCCCUUUCCGUCACGGUCACACCAUUCGUUGCCGCCGCCACCGAGGGCAACUGGGACUGGGUCCACCCAUUCUCUGGGCCGUCAUGCGUCGGUUGCUGAGCGCGAACGCAACUACAGCCAAGGCCAGGCCUCGAUGGCAAAGAGCACAGCAACUAGUGCCCGACCGGGCAUGCUUCGCAAGCUCAAGAAAAGCCAGACGAACAACGACAGUCCGCUCGGUGAUGCCGUUGCGCCUAAUCAGCUGCCCGAAGACCUAAGAAUAUGUCUUGAGGUCGUGGAUAGCGGUGUGUUUGAGGGGCAUCGCAGGCUCUCCGAAGCACUCAAGAAACGCUACGACGAUCAGUUCCCGCUUGUUCGGUCUCUCGCCGAUGUGUUUGUAUCAAAUUCCGAUAUAUUCCAAGGCUAUGCCACAUAUGUGCUCCACCUUGAGCGUGCACUCGAGCAAGUCGACAACGCACUGUCCAACGUCUCCACGAAGAAGCCCAAGAAACAGGAUGCAGGCGAAUGGCAGAAAGUGUGCAAAUUUCUGCAAAAGCUGGAGGAGAACGCGAGCGAGAAGGGCGAGACUGGCCUCGCGAUAACCAUUUCGAAACCAUUCCAGCGUCUACUCAAAUACCCGCUUUUAUUCCAGAACCUGCUCUUUCACACGGAUCCGAGCACUUUCGAAUACGAAAGCACCUUGCAGAUGGUAGCCGAGGUCGAGGCCAUCGUUCGCAGUAUCGAGGACGAGAAGAUCCAGAAGGAAGAGCGAGACAAGACGAGAGAUGUGUUUGCUCGCAUCGAGGGCUUGGACAAAGUGAAGCAGUUGAUGGUGCCCAAACCAUCCCGUGUUCUGGUGGAGGAACGGCCGUGUCCAGCCCCAGGCAGCUCGACGAGUCCCCCCAAAUCAGUGUCGCCGCCGCCAAUUGUUUCGAAUAAAGGCGUGCGGGGCAAGUCCUCCUUCAAACGGUUGAGCGACGUCCUUCACACUGGCUCCGGCAUCGGCGGCAAGAAGGACAUGUGGUUCGUUGUGUUCAACGAUGUUGUUCUACAGUGCCAGCGCACGGGCACAACCUCGUUACCUCUGGUCUCGGCCACGUACUCGAGAACCAACUCGAUGCCUGAGCUUCAGGGCAGAUCCAAGUACGCCACCACUGGCCGAAGGAACUCGCACACCAAGCCGAGGAACCUGUACAAAUUCGUGAAGAUCGAAACUUGGGCAAUCGGCGAUGUCGUACAACCAAGAGAGGGCGUGGUUUCGAUGGAAGAUGUCGCGCGAAGCAGAGCUCAAAUGCAGCAACCCCGAAUCGUUCCAAUGCCUGAUGAGGAGGAGGAGGAGAACACUGAUUCGGACGAUUCGGACCGGAAGAGCAAGAUGAGCUUCUCCUACUGGGGCGCAGACAAAAUCACGGUCCAGAAGCCUGUGAUGAAAGGCAAAGUGGCUAUCCCAUCUGUCAGGCGUGGCGCAGCAGCUGGUAGUGCGUACAGUCGGGAAUCGUCUGCGAAUGCCAAGUUCGGGACCCGUCUUGUGUCUGCUGAUUCGUCCCCCACCCCUCGCCCCGCCAGCCGGAGAACGGCGACAACACCCACCUCGCGUCGACCGGCAGUGGACGACAGCAACGUGAAUUAUGCCAAAGCCCGACCCGAAUGGAAUCGAUCGCCGGUGCCUGUGGCUGUCAAGCGGUCGCGCAACACCUCUCAGACCAGUGCGGCGGCAAGCUCGACACGAUUGGCGACGAGCAAGGGUGUGGCAUCCCCGGCUCCGUCUGAGGACUCUGGUGUCGGUCUCUACCGACAAAUGCUGGCUCAGGACCCGACCCUGAGCCGAUCGUAGUAUCAUAUCCCAUGUCGUACCACAAAACGCACACACAUUCACUCACUUACCAUGCUUUCCCGCUGCUCGAUACGAAACACUCCUUGAUAAUACCACCUUGAUUUAUUCCACGACCCAGCAUGAUAACCACAUUAAUAUUCGUCGGCCACCUAUUUACUUUGCUAGAUUUAUCCCAUGUAGCGAUUUUGGAAUUCUCUUCAGGACUCGUA